AGACCAGAGAGUAUAAGGAGGCCAGCAGGCUCUGUGUCCCUCACAGAUCUGUCCCCAGCCUCGGUCUUGCAGCAGACAGACAGAACCCCAGCUAGUCCCAGCCAGGCAGCAUGCGUGAGUGCAUCUCAGUCCACGUGGGGCAGGCCGGCGUGCAGAUUGGCAAUGCCUGCUGGGAGCUCUACUGCUUGGAACAUGGGAUCCAACCAGAUGGGCAGAUGCCCAGUGACAAGACCAUCGGGGGAGGGGACGACUCCUUCAACACCUUCUUUAGUGAAACUGGGGCUGGAAAACAUGUGCCCCGGGCGGUAUUUGUGGAUCUGGAGCCCACUGUGAUCGAUGAGGUUCGGACGGGCACGUACCGCCAGCUCUUCCAUCCAGAGCAGCUCAUCACUGGCAAAGAGGAUGCUGCCAAUAACUAUGCCCGAGGCCACUACACCAUUGGAAAAGAGCUCAUUGACCUGGUGCUGGACCGGAUUCGGAAGCUGGCUGACCAGUGCACGGGACUCCAAGGGUUCCUCAUCUUCCACAGCUUUGGAGGGGGCACUGGCUCUGGCUUCACCUCACUGCUGAUGGAGCGGCUCUCUGUUGACUAUGGCAAGAAAUCCAAGCUGGAGUUCUCCAUCUACCCAGCCCCCCAGGUGUCCACGGCCGUGGUGGAGCCCUACAACUCCAUCCUGACCACUCACACCACCCUGGAGCACUCAGAUUGUGCCUUCAUGGUGGACAACGAGGCCAUCUAUGACAUCUGUCGCCGCAACCUGGACAUCGAGCGCCCGACUUACACCAACCUCAACCGCCUCAUCGGCCAGAUUGUCUCCUCCAUCACAGCCUCCCUGCGCUUUGAUGGCGCCCUCAACGUGGACCUGACCGAGUUCCAGACCAACCUGGUGCCCUACCCUCGCAUCCACUUCCCCCUGGCCACCUAUGCACCAGUCAUCUCUGCAGAGAAGGCCUACCACGAGCAGCUGUCGGUGGCAGAGAUCACCAAUGCCUGCUUCGAGCCUGCCAACCAGAUGGUGAAGUGUGAUCCCCGCCACGGCAAGUACAUGGCCUGCUGCCUGCUGUACCGUGGAGACGUGGUACCCAAGGAUGUCAACGCCGCCAUCGCUACCAUCAAGACCAAGCGUACCAUCCAGUUUGUGGACUGGUGCCCCACGGGCUUCAAGGUCGGUAUCAAUUACCAGCCCCCCACUGUGGUGCCCGGGGGAGACCUGGCCAAGGUGCAGCGUGCUGUGUGCAUGCUGAGCAACACGACCGCCAUCGCUGAGGCCUGGGCCCGCCUGGACCACAAGUUUGACCUGAUGUAUGCCAAGAGGGCGUUUGUGCACUGGUAUGUGGGCGAGGGCAUGGAGGAGGGUGAGUUCUCUGAGGCCCGGGAGGAUAUGGCUGCCCUGGAGAAGGAUUAUGAGGAGGUGGGCAUGGAUAGUGUGGAGGGGGAGGGAGAAGAGGAAGAGGGGGACGAAUACUAGCAGAAUCCUUUGUGUCUGUCCUAAAUAAAGUGCUGUGGCCUCAUUGUCUCC